AGAUUUCAUAAUGGAAUGACAUAUUUUAAAUACUUUUCGUUUAAAAGGUGCGUUGGAGUUAACGGAAACUGAUAAGGGAAAUAAUGUAACAAACUCCAAAAAUCUGUAGGUACAUCAUCUGUGAACAGUUGCAGACGACGCGUGGCAGUGAAUAUGAGAAACGAUAGCAGAUGGCACUGAAUGUUACGCUAUCCGUUUCCGGCCACGUUAUGUUGACUAGCAAGUUUAAGUGAAAAAUAUUGAUAAUUUAAAGCAAAAGGGAACAAAAGAACAAGUCUGUCAGUUUAAAUGUUUCCUUGACUAUCUAUUAGAAUGGGUGAACCGUUAUUGUGGACUGUUAUACCAGUGAUUCUAGCUGUUAUAAGUGUAGCGGACGGUGGCGAAUUGACUUUCGAGCUACCAGAUAAUGCGAAGGAGUGUUUUUACCAAGAAAUUAAUCGAAAUGUUACGUCAACGCUCGAAUUUCAGGUGGUUACAGGAGGGCAGUACGAUGUGGACGUCCAGCUGCAGGCUCCCCGUGGGGAGAUCAUCUACAGACAAGUGAAAAAGCAAUUUGAUAGCCACACAUUUAUCUCUGCUGAGACAGGCAUAUACACAGCCUGUUUCAGCAAUGAAUUUUCCACGUUCUCCCACAAGCUGGUCUAUAUGGAUUGGCAAGUGGGAGAAGAGAAGCCUCUCCCGGGGAUAGGAGAGCACAUAACUGUCAUGACACAGAUGGAGUCUUCCUCUGCAGAAAUUCACAAAGCACUGAACAAAAUUAUAGACUACCAAACUCACCACCGCUUGCGAGAAGCUCAAGGCCGCAAGCGAGCAGAGGAUCUGAAUGAACGCGUCAUGUGGUGGUCAAUUCUGGAAACAGUUGCCAUACUGGUUGUUACCAUUGGCCAAGUGUUUAUCCUGAAGAACUUCUUCACGGAGAAGAAACCAUCUCAGAUGUUGCUUAACCACAAGUAAUGGCCAUACAGGACAAUUGUGGCAUCUGUUGAGCGACUGGAAAAGUGUCUUUUAUUUGCUUGAGCUGGGCGUGUGAAAGGGAAUAAUGUGCCGGCCAUUUCGUAAUGUUGGGUCUGGAUUGGCACGGAGACUAAAUCAAAAUCAAUCAAUCUGUUGUUAGCAUUUUGUUGCUACUGAGUCCUGUGUGAUUGGUAGUUUGAUUUAAAAAGAAUGGGAAACUGCAGAGAAAUAUGUUAACUUAUCAAAAUUGUAGUGUAUACAUGUACAAAAUACAUGGUUUGUUUUGUGUUGAGGGAUGUACUCAUUUCAUGAAGUGGACUUGUGCUUUACAUCUCUGUGUGUGAAUGUUUGCCAAAACAUGCAUGCAGUAACAUUUUCUAUUUCUCCUUCAUUUUCUGUUCUGUAUGUGUGGCUGAUGAAAUUUGGUGAUUAAAAUAUCCAGCAUCUUGAGUUACAUUUCUUUCUCACAUACAAUGGGAAGUGCUAAAAUGAAUUACUCAUGUUAGCAGUAAGUCCAAGUUCCAGUUGAAUGUUUCUUUUUAUUUCUGUAACUUAUUUAAAAAUUUUUGGGUAUGUAGUUUUAGGUGCCUGUCCAUGUAAAAGCACAUACUGUAAUUAAGAUCUGUACUAUUUUCAUAGUACUGUAGGUUACCAACUUCCUAUAAUCAUUGUAGCUGUUUAAAUCAUCUUCCAUGAUUAGUGCACAGCACAGGAAAGUAGGAUUGUACAGGACUGGGAAUAUCAAUAUAGUUAAACUGCAGUCAGAAUUUUGUUGUGAACUGAAAUUAAAAGAGCAAAAGAACACUCAAGUUUCAUGCAUCUUUUUUAUGCACAGCCUGAGAAAUUCAGUUUUCCUGGGUUAGUCCAUCAGUAAAAAACUUAGAUGAUAAUGAUAUAGUCACUUAAAAUUCUAGAAUAUGGUUUUACAACCUUGGAGAAUUUUGUUUAAAAUAAGUUGGAAAUUUUUUAAAACUAGCCAGUAGAGCCUGUGAUUUGGCAUUAUUAAUGUCAAAAAAAAAAGUGAUUUGCUGUUGCAAAACCCAAAGAAACCUUUUUAUGUGAAGUGAUAUUGAGCCUAUGUACUUGUAAAAUUUUAUGUAGACAGGUAGUGAAGGGUUAUUGUUGUGUUGCGAGUGCAGAACUUGAGUGGGAUUGGUCCAGCAACUUACAGUUGAAGAAGAUAGCUCUUGUAUGCGAAAUCGUAUUUUGCACAAUGCAUUAAAUUUUGUGUAAGAUAUACAAGGUAUCUCAUUUCUCUCUUGCAGACAAGAUCUUUAUUCUUCUUAAUAUCAGUUAAUGACAAUUUCGUAGCUGGAUUGUAUCAUUUGCAUUUUAUGCAGUUAACAUUUUAGCAGCAUGUAUUUUGAGAACAGACUAGUGAUAGUACCAGUGAAUAUUUUUAAAUUUUCUCAUUUUGGCUCAUCCACAAUUCUAACAUUUCAAAUUUAAAAUUGACGAAGAUUGUGCAGCACAGCCGCAUGAUCACUUCAACAUAUGUUUUUUGUUUUUGGCCCCAUGCACAAUUUUGAGGAAGAGUUCCAUGAAUGAGCUGCCACAGUGUUACUUCACAUAGUAUUUUCACCAACCAGUCAGUCAUAAAAAUGUGACAUUGAGUGAAAUUCUGCCAACACAAUGACAUGACUUCACUUAAAACAUUAAUUUUUGUAACAAGAUUUGCAUUCAGUGUCAGCUUGGCAUGUUUUUGUUUGGAAUGUACCAAGGUAGCGCAGUUUAAUAUCAGAUUAAUAGAAAGGAACAAGUCAUAGUUCAUUUUCUCAUAUCCCUCCACUUGUCUUCUCUGUUUGAUGCCAGUGUUACAGAUGGUGUGUUUGUGCAAUAUUUUAUGGUUGUGUGCAGAAUUAAGUUGCUUAUGUAGUUCAUGGUAGCAGCAGUAUGCGUAAGCUUUCAAUGUUUAUGGAGGAGAGGAACUCUUGUGAUUGUGGCCUACAAACAAUAAUUGGCAUAAAGAAAGAACUGGGAGGGUAUCAGCAGGAAUUGGGCAUGAUACUCGUAAAUGCACUGUAAUUUGGAAUUCCAAAAAAAGAGGGGGAAAGCGGGUCUGUGCCUCAAAAAAAUAAUUUUACGCAAACACUUUCAACAUAAUUAGAAUUCUAAGCUGGUAUAGCUUAUACAGAUAGAGCUUGAUAUUUCUUAAUGAUAACAUGUAGCUAAUGAAUAGCAAGAGGAUGGUAUCAGUAUCUUGUUAUGUGGAUUUUGUUUCAUCUUCAGAGUUACAGGGCACAUGAAUUAUUCCUUUAGGUUUUCUCCAUCGUUCUCAGUUUUCAGAAGGCUCAAUAAUGCUAGCAACUUAUGUAGCCUUGCGCGACAUGUAAACAAACUGUUAUCCACAUAUUCCUGGUCUUUACAUGGAUUUAUGUUCUUAACGCAUAGAGCCCAACAUAGCAAGAGAUUACAUUUUGGUUAACUAUUUGCAAACACUUUAUAGUGAUGGCACGUAAAAAUGCAGAACUGUCUUUAUAAAUGGCUCUCUCACUUUUUUGACGUAGUAAUUGGUGUAGCAGAUUGAACUCCAGUUUGACCAUUUCUCCUUGCUUUCAUUUCGUUACCCUAGUAACAAGCCAGAAAGGUUAUAUAAAGGACAGUUGUGACCAAAGUGAAAAAAAGAAAAAAAAACCUUAACAGAUAUCUGUGUAUGUGGCACGGGCCCUCUUACUCAAUAUUUUGCAAAAUCUCAAUAUCAAUAACUGAAUUGUUACAAUUCGUCAUGUUUUGUAUAUUUUUUGUGUUGUUGAUCUGUAAUGAAUUUGUCCAAUGACAUAAGUUGCAUGUCUGAUCAGUAUUUAAUGAUUGUGUACCAGAAAUUAGACUAUUUUGAGUAGUAUUUGACAGUAUUGUGUGUGUGUGUGUGUGUGUGUGUGUGUGUGUGUGUGUGUGUGUGUGUAAAUUGCUAUGGUUUUGACAUCAAUAACAUUGUUUUUUUCCAUAUAUUUUCUUCUAUGUUUUGUAUCUUUGAGACUGGGGUAAUAUUGUUUAUAGGGCUGGACAGUGUGAAAGAUACACGCAAAUUUUGAACAAGUCACAUUAGUUAGCCAUGGGUAUGUAAAUAACAUCUGAUCACAAGUUCUUUUAUGAAAUAUGACAUAAUAGUCAGUUUGGUUAGUUUUUUCUCAUCAGAAAUACUGCAGAGUCUGUUCUUUUUCAUAGGUUCAGUUACUAUAAUUUUGUAGCAUUUUGUCCUGCAGUACCUGAAUAUGUUGCUGUUUCAGUUAUUUUGGACUGCUGUAGAGAAGUAGGAAUGUACACGUGUGUGAGGAGAUUCUUUUAUUGUUACGUAUGACUUCAUGCUGUAAAGCAUAGAAUAAAGCUUACUUCUAGGCAGAUCUGUUUAUUUUAAAAGUCUUGUUUUGUUAUGUAUGCAUUAGCUUUUGGUACUAGUUACCACUUUUCACAAACACAAAUGUUUCAUAAACAUCUACAGUUACAAAUACAAAAGCACAAAUUCACUAUGAACUGUCAUGUAAAUAAACAGUCAAGUCGUCAGAUUUAUCCAACCUAGUUGUAGAAAAUGACAGAUUUUUCUUUACAUUACUUUGUUCAUUUAAAAAUUCCCUUUCCCAUUUACCUUCCAUUUUGUGUUGUAAACAGGUCAAUUAUAUCACCAACUUGUAGUAUAGUUCUGGGAUACUGCACUUCUGCAAAUUUAAAUUUCAUUUUUGAAUUUUAUAAGGUUCUUUCUGUUGCUUUCGUAAGCUGUGAAGAGUAAUCUGUGUCAUAUGUAUGUAAGUGUUACUGCCAAGAUGUGUAUGUUGCUGAUGAACUUACAUUGUAAAUGCCUUUUGUUGUCUGAAGAGAGCUUGUGCUGUUUGAAGUAACUGAAAUAAAAGGAUGCAGACAUGUCUUCAAA